AUGCGCAUAAUUUCGCGUAGCAUACGUUGUGGCGCGCAAGCAUAUGCUGCUGCGAACGCUGCACACACAACCAACUACCAGACCACUAGAACCAGCACCACCAUCACUACCACCACCGAUAACGCUAUCAAAUCCGCCGUUAGGAAACAGACACCGACUCAGGCCACUAAAACAAUUGCAAACCCAGAAUUGCAUAGCCGACGACGCGCUACAGCGCCACAAUUGUCCGCUGACUCGUCGUCUUUAGCUGCCGCACAUUUGGCUUGCACUUCGGUGCUGCCGUCAACUCCAGCGACUUCAGCUAUUCCAUCUACAUCUACAUCUACAGCUGCAUCGUCAUCGUCAUCGUCGUCGUCGUUUACGUCGUCCUCUUCAUCUCAACGCUCCUACAGUGCAUUCAGAAUGAAUUGCCCUAUUUUAAUUGUAAUUAGCCUUGGUUGUAUCCUGCAUGCCAGUUUGCUGUGGCACGGCGUAAAUGCAGCAAUUUCAAAUCGAGCUGCUCUAAGGCCACAGCACAGCAGCAACCGCGAACUGCAAAUGGCAACAAUUAAGUGGGUAAUAGUAACUCAGCGCGCUAUCGCAAUCAACCACCAGCUGGCGCAGUUCAGUACCAGUAUCAGUGCCACCAGCAAGCCGGCAGCAGCUGCACCUGCACUUAUACUUACUUAUACCUGGUGA